CGACAUUAUCACGACAAGCGUUUAGGUCUGGAGGUUUUUACAUGUCGAUAAUGUCUAAGUCUAAGAUGAGUUAAUUCCAACUUGGCGGUGACUAGUGAUUCGGUGCAGGUUGGUAGUGAAGAUAGUGACGCCGGUCGAUCCGAUCCUUUCGAAUAUGAAAAGGUUUUGGUGAAAGAUUUUGAGAAACGCAUAUAGAUACACUUUCCGCCAAGUAAGACAGGGAUACAUGAAACAGUUUGAAAUUACUGGCUGAGGAGAGCAUUGAAAGAUGACCAUGACCAGUCAGUAUAAUCUGUUAGUUUUUGGGAUACUGCUACCAGGGUUCAUCGCGGGACAAAUCAUCAAUCUCGAACAGAGGCUAAAACACGCUGGAUACCCACUGGAAACUCACACCGUGGUCACCAAAGACGGCUAUAUACUCUCCCUUUACCGAGUGUCCGACAGUCCGAACUUACUGCCCUCCGUCGAACACCAAAUCGGAAAUAAAAGCGUCGUCCUCCUGGUCCACGGCAUGGGAGGCACCCCGGAACUCUUCUUCAUCCUUGGUCGUGACUCGUUGGGAUAUUACAUGGCGGAUAGGGGCUUCGAAGUGUGGAUUUUGUGCACCAGAGGAAUCAGCUGUUCCAGUGAACAACUGCACAAACGUUACGACUGGGAUAGGGAUAAGAAGUACUGGGACUUUAGCUUCCACGAUAUCGCAACGCGGGACCUUCCCGCGCACAUAGAUUACGUGCUGAACCGCACGUCGCAAUCGUCUUUGUUUUUAAUCGGCCAUUCGGCCGGAAACACCGUAAUUUUCGCGAUGGCGGCCGAGCUACCCGAAUACAACCGAAAAGUGAAAAUCGCCGCAGCGUACGCCAUGACCGUUAUUUUGAGAGGGUACGAUUACCCGCUGAUGAUUUUCACCGCGUCUGCGGUUAAAGUCUUGAAGGGCCUUUAUAGAAUUCUCGGCAUAGUGGAGUUUAUGCCAUACGUGCAGUACUUAAGGCCGUUCCUCAGCAUCGUUUGUUCCCAUCCCGAAUAUCGGAAGAUGUGCAUCGGUGGAGUUUCUAUCGUCGGCAGUCAAAAAUCGAUGCUGAUGGACUUCGAGGCAACUCUGCCCCUGGUGAUUUCCCAUUCGGGGCUCCGAUUGGCUAGUAAACAGAUUUUUCAUUAUCUGGAACUGAUUGAAGCAGGUGCCUUUAAAAAAUACGAUUACGGUCCUAAAAAAAACUCGAAAAUUUACGGGCAAACUGAUCCCCCACAUUAUAACCUAUCGCGGGUUACCAUGGCCGUUGCGAGUUUUAGAGCAGCGAGCGACAGUAUUUGCACAAAACAGGACGUCCAGGACGCCAUGGAUCGCAUGCCCAACGUUAUUUUCGAUUACGUGGUACCUUACGAAAGGUUCACUCAUACCGAUUUUAUUUUCACUAGUAACGCGUCCCGACUAGUGUACGAGCCGACUUACAGGUUGUUUAAAGACUUCGACGAAGGAAAAGUGCCGCCAAGAAGGAAGCAACGUAAUUGACUUUCGCGUUAUCUACUGAAACAAAUAAAUACAAUGUUAUAAA